AUGGUUUCCCAUCGUUUCCCUUUCUUUGCACUACUCCUCACUUUGUCAUUGAUGAGCAGCGACACCAUCUCGACACUGUCCUUCCCAAAGGUUGAACUUCCAAAACCAGAGUUACCAGAAAUUCUAAAGUCUGAAAUACCUAAGUUACCUAAUCCUGAAUUACCAAAAAUUCCAGAGUUGCCAAAGCUUAUAUUAUCUAAGGUUCCUAAGUUUCCAACGUUAUCAAAGCCUGAAUUGCCUAAGGUUAUUGAAUUUCCAAUAGUGCCAGAGUUGCCAAAGCCUGAACUUCCUAAUGUUUCUGAUUUGAAUAAGUUACAAAAAUCUAAAGAAGUCGAAGUUCCAUAG